UGCGCGAGGGCCAAAAACGCGUCCCCCUCGUCUUUCCAAAUCGCACUCCGUCACACCCAAAUCCUGCGCUCUUUCUCCCAGCCCCAUUUUUCCACCUGAAUCAUCCCCAUCCCGCACAGCAGCAACCCUCUCCCCAUCCUCCUCUCCACCCUCCUCUCCACCACCGCAACCAUGCCGCCCCCACCCCGGCCCCUCACAAUCCACAUCCUCCGGCACGGCACGCGCCAAGACUUCCUAACCCCUAACUGGACAUCCCCCACCAACCUCCCCAAGGACCCGCCGAUCGCGCCGAUCGGCCACCACCAAGCACAGGAAGUCAGCGCGCACCUCCUCGGGCAAUCCCCGCAUUCGCGCUCUCCCCCGCCGAUAACGCACAUCUUCUCCUCCCCGUUCACGCGAUGCAUCCAAACCGUCGCCCCCUACGCGCGCGCCCGCGACCUCAGGGUCAAGAUCGAGGACGGCCUCGGGGAAUGGUUCAACGAGGCCAACUCCAUCCUCCCGGCCGCCGCCGACACACUACCUUCCAAUCACACCGAGGCAAAACCCUGCCCGCGCGCACCCACCGUGGCGGAAUUGGAGGCAUUGUUCCCCGGGCUGGUGGAUCUGGGGUACGAGAUGCGCAUGCGGGGGACGCGGUGGGAGAGUAAAGCGGAGGUGCAUGAGCGGCUGCGGGUUGUGUUGGGGCGGAUUAUUGGGUUUGUUGAGGGGGAGGAGGAUCAGAAGGGUGGAGGAGAGGGGGGGGAAACGCAUAUCCUCCUCGUGACCCACGCCGCCGCGCAGAUUGCGUUGGUGCGCGCGUUGGUGGGGGAUGAGCGGAGGAAGGUGACGUGCGGGGUCGCGACGUUGAGUCGGUUUCGGAGGAGGAUACAACAGACGACUGCUGCUGGAGUUGGGGGUGGGAAGACGAGUACGAGUACGAGUACGAGUACGAAUACGAAUACGAAUGCGAAUGCGAAUGCGAAUGCGAAUGAGGACUCCGGGAUUGAUCCCAGUGAAUGGGUAAUGGAAGCGGACGGCGACGCGCGGCAUUUGAGUGGGGGAUUGCAGUAUAACUGGGCGUUUGCCGAGUGA